CAGAGGAAACAGCGGCGCUACCACUCCAGCGAUGCCAAUCGGAAGGCGGCGCGCGGGAGCGCCGCCGCGGUGUCGGGUGUAGCGGCUCCGAGGCUCUGAGGCGUGGACCCAGUGGGAGUGCGACCAAUGGGCUCCGGGCUAGGUGGAGGUGGCUGUUGGCGUCGGAGCCCUCCUGUUCAGUGAUCGCAUUUAGAGGACCUGGACUUCGACCUUAUAUGCUUCCCCCUCCCGGGCUGAGGCAAAGUGGGACAGUUGGUGGGGUGAGGCGUAGUAAAUGAAGUACUUCCCGGCCAGAGGGCACCUGGGGCCGUGAGGUCUCGGCCGCGUGGAGCUGGAGAGGAGCCGGCCCAGACGAAGAACCCUUACUCGUCAACCCAGCGGGCGGAGCGCAACCCUCAGGUCUGCCCGGUGGCGUGGAAAACGCAGCGGAGCCUAGGCACGGCAUCGGGUGGCCCUAGACAGUUAACUCCCGCCAGGCCGUGGGAGGACCUGGAGACGCGGCGGAGCCCUCGGCUGCGUGAGCAGGGGCAGGACCCCAGCCCUUACAGCUUCCUUCUUCCACCCACUUACAGUCCCGGGCUCGGAAGGGACCGUAGGCUCGCAGAGUUCUCAGCUCCGGUUCUGGUCUCUGUUUUCCCGUGCACACCUUAAUAAAAGGUGAUUCCUAGGCAGUUGGAAACCUGUGGCUGUCCAAGGGGCUGCAGGAAAUGGACUGCAGUAUAAAAUCCAGAAGCAGACCCUUUUCACAGAAUGUUUCAUGCAUUUGUGGACCAAAAGAUGGAGUUGGUUUUUAUUUUUAAAAAGUUAUUGUCAGUGAUCUGAUAUGACUAACUAUUCACUUGGCGAAGAUGCAUGGACUUAAUGGACUUGUCUUUUGGUUGGACUAAUGGUUAUUUCUGAAAGUUUCUUCAACUACAGUUUCUAUUUGAAAAUUCAAGUCUCAAAGAAUAUCAGAUCAAAAUGGUAUAAUAAUAUAUUUUAACUGAGGACUGCAAAUUUCAUAGAAACCACAUUUGGAUUCCACUAAUAUUCUACAAUCAAAGUGAUACAGAUCAUUCAGUCCUUUGAUAAAUCAAAUUUGAAAAAUCUUAUAUUUAUAAACGGCACCAAAAGAUGGGAGAAAAAAAUGGUGAUGCAAAAGCUUUCUGGAUGGAGCUAGAAGAUGAUGGAAAAAUAGACUCCAUUUUUGAACAAGUGCAAAAUGUACUGCAGUCACUGAAACAGAAGAUCAAAGAUGGGUCUGCCACAAAUAAAGAAUACAUCCAAGCAAUGAUUUUGGUGAAUGAAGCAACUAUAAGUAAUAAUUCAACAUUCAUAAAGGAUCACAUACCUGCGACUCAGAAUGAACAGGAAAACAAAUCAUAUGCAUUUCCCUCUACAUCAUAUGAAAACUCCAUUCCAGAAGACUGUACAUUUCUAUCUACAGAAAAUAAGGAAAUUCUCCCUUUGAAAAAUGAAGUUGUAGACUUUAGAGAAAAAGAAUCAUCUUUGAAUUUAUCUUACCAAAGUCAUGACUGCUCUGAUGCCUGUCUGACGAAAAUGCCCCCAGUCUUCAAGGGAGAAAACCCUUUGCAGCUACCAAUCAAAUGUAACUUCCAACGACGACAUGCGAAGACAAACUCUCAUUCCUCAGCACUCCAUGUGAGUUAUAAAACCCCUUGUGGAAGGAGUCUUCGAAACGUGGAGGAAGUUUUUCGUUACCUGCUUGAGACAGAGUGUAACUUUCUAUUUACAGAUAACUUUUCUUUCAAUACCUAUGUUCAGUUGACUCGGAAUUAUCCAAAGCAAGAAGAAAUUGUUUCUGAUGUGGAUAUUAGCAAUGGAGUGGAAUCAGUGCCCAUUUCUUUCUGUAAUGAAAUUGACAAUAGAAAGCUUCCACAGUUUAAGUACAGGAAGACUAUGUGGCCACGAACAUACUAUCUAAACAGCUUUCCCAACAUGUUUACUGACUCAUGUGACUGUUCUGAGGGCUGCAUAGACAUAACAAAAUGUGCAUGUCUUCAACUGACAGCAAGAAAUGCUGGAAUGUAUCCCUUGGCAAGUAAUAAAAUGACCACUGGAUAUAAAUAUAAAAGACUACAGAGACAUAUACCUACUGGCAUUUAUGAAUGCAGCUUGUUGUGUAAGUGUAAUCGACAGAUGUGUCAAAACCGAGUUGUCCAACAUGGUCCUCAAGUGAGGCUACAGGUGUUUAAAACUGAGAAGAAGGGAUGGGGGGUCCGCUGCCUAGAUGACAUUGACAGAGGGACGUUUGUAUGCAUUUAUUCAGGAAGAUUGUUAAGCAGAGUUAAUGAGGAAAAUGAGAAAGAAAAGCAUAUGAAAAAAAUAUUUCCACAAAAGAGGAAAAUAGAAUCUGCGUGUUCAGAUUGUGAGGUUGAAAUUAUUCCAGUAGAGUUGGAAACACAUCCUAAAAGUGCGGACACUGAGGAAUGUCCACCUAAGCUCAGUAAUAAUCUGAAAGAGCCUAUUAAGGAGAUGAAGUUUAUUUCCAGAAUUCAGUAUCAUUCAGUGAUUAGAAGUCCUCAGUCCACUACAGCCGUUUACCAACACUACGAGAAAAAGAUGGGCUUUGUUUCCUCAGAGUCUGCUACCUCAGAAGACAGCGAUGGAUUUAAAUCAACCCAAGAACUUCUGAAUUCUAAAUCCAAUGAAGCUCAAAAGGACUCAAGCUCAGACCAAGUUGAAGAUUCUGAAGACAAUUGGCUGAUCAAAUCAGAUGUGAUAGAUAUAACUAAGUGCAGAGAAGAAAGUCCAUCAGAGGGCAGAUGUAACCAGGCAACCACACUGGAUAAUCAUCAGACUAUUGAAAGAGAAUUUGGGGUUCAAAUACAACAGCCCCAAGAGGAAAAAUCUCUGGUCUGUCAGAAACAGCAGAUCUUCUGUGAAGAGCCAAGUGAAACCAAGACUACUUCUGAUUCUCUGACAAAGUUUAAUAAAGGAAAUGUAUUUUUAUUGGAUGCCACAAAACAAGGAAAUGUGGGCCGCUUCCUUAAUCAUAGUUGUUGUCCAAAUCUCUUGGUACAAAAUGUUUUUAUAGAAACACAUGACAGGAAUUUUCCAUUGGUGGCAUUCUUCACCAACAGGUAUGUGAAAGCCAGAACAGAACUAACAUGGGAUUAUGGUUAUGAAGCUGGGACUAUGCCUGAGAAGGAGAUCCUCUGCCAAUGUGGAGUUAACAAGUGUAGAAAAAAAAUAUUAUAACUAUGUAACUAAUGCCUGCUGAUAAAAUGACCUUAUUAGGCUAAAAUUAGAGCCAUGUAAAAGAACUCUUUAAGCCAUCAGUGGAAUUAAUUUUAGGUUGAGGUUUGUCCAGAUAAUUUCUCUGAGCUUACCCUUCCUUGUCAAGGGGUUCAUACUUUAUUUUCUAAUUUUACUUGUGUGAUUUAGAAAUGCCAGGAACAAAACAAGGACAUUUUCGUAUGCAUAGGGUAUCUCUUAUUCUUACUGCUGUUCAAUUUUACAAGAGUUAGAUGGAAGUGUAUAUUUUAUAUGAAAUACCACUGCAUAAUUUAUAGCUUAUUUGUAAAUUAUAUAUUAAGAGAAACAAGGUCACAAUAGAAUUCAGUCACUUGUAAUUACUUUGGUGACACCUUGUAGUUCAUGUCCUAAAGGGCAAAUUUUGCAUCUUUAACCUGCAAAACUGAAAAGUGUAAUUUUUGGCAAGCCAUUUACUAUUUUGAGCUACAAUGUGGGUGAUAGAGGCUGAGGAAUAUGUAAGAACUAAUGUUAUGCAUGUUGUUCCCAAGUAUUUUUAACACUUGUUAGAGAAGCUAUAUCUGGCUCUUUGAAACACUGUCCCAUCAGCCAUUUGAGAGUGAAAAGCAGAAGCUCUUCGGUAUGUAAUGUUCUGGCAGACUUGUUGAGAUGAAUCUUCCUUUACACACAUUUCCUCACUCCUUGAACACAAACAGAAGAGGAGGGAAUAGAAACCUGAAGGGACUUAAAUUUUGUUCUUAUUCGAGACAGAGUAGAGCCAUAGAAAAAGAAACCUAGAAAGUAGUCGUAUUUGGCUUAUUUAGGCCAGAAGGAAUUCUUAGGCAAGGAUUUCACAACAGAAAACAAAAACUUCUUAGCUGCAAAGUCUGAAACAGCUUCUUGGUAUCUCCUGGGCAUGAUUUGCAAAUUGUUUUUCUAGAGAAAAAGGGAGCAUUAUUUGAGUGUUGGAUUACCAUCAUCUGGUCAUCUACUAGAGGAUUAGAAUGAAUCAAAAUUCAUUUUAUCCCUAAGAAAAAUAUGCACUUGGCUACCAGGAACAUCCCCUUGGAGCCAGGAUGAGAAUACCAAUACUAUACAUGAAAAGGAAUAAUUAAAAGUAACUGAUUUGGGCCUGACUUAAUUUUUUAACAAUAUUGAACUAAGUAAAAUUUUAACUUGAGCUUUGUUUUAGAGAAUGAGAUUUGGGGCCAGCUAUGUGACCUAGUGGUUAGAACAACUGGUUCCCACAUGGCUGGCCAGACGUGUGUGUAUACAUGCCCCAAAUCCUGACAGGAUGGAGAAAUGGAAGAAA